AUGUUGGAAGAAGAGAGCGAGAGGGCACUGCCUUGGAAGUUUGGUCUGCACGUCCGCAGCUUUCGCAGCCUGAGCCUGCGCGGACCUGCAGGAAACCACCGCAUCCCGGGACCUGGCACCACGACGCACCCUCGGCCCACCGUGGCCGCGGCAGGUGCCGUGGGGGCUUUAAGGGUAUCCCCGCGGCUCCUACUCAGGACCCCACCCAAGAGCCCCGUGGGCAGCCUGAUGUGGGGACUGCCCUUUGGGAACUGCCUGCCCGUCAGCGAUGGCCCCGUCAACAACAGCACUGGGAGUCCUUUCUUCUACCUGACUCCCAAGGACCCCACUGUGGCCGACCUCAAGAAGAACCCCAUGGCCUCGCUGAUGCUGCCAGAAGCAGAAGGAGAGUUCUGCAGAAAAAACAUCGUUGACCCAGAAGAUCCUCGAUGUGCCCGACUGACGCUCACUGGCCAGAUGAUCACAGUGUCUCCAGAAGAAGUAGAAUUUGCCAAGCAAGCCAUGUUCUCCAGGCACCCAGUCAUGAGGAAGUGGCCGCGCCAGUACGAAUGGCUCUUCAUGAAGAUGCGGGUAGAGCAUGUCUGGCUUCAGACAUGGUAUGGGGGAGCAGCCGAGAUCUCAAGAGAGGAAUAUUUCAAAGCAGUUCCAAGAAAGGCCUGAUGGAGUGAGGAGGGGGAAAAAACCCUGUGUUUGCUUUACCACGAAAACGUUUUCAGUGAUGUUGCCAGACGGCUAUUGCCCAAGGUCUCUUUGUUGAAUGGCAUAGCCGCCCUGUUAUCCUUCCUGCAGAAGGAAUGAGGGUGAACAGGGCACCCUAGGCUAGACCUGAGAGUAAAGCCGCCAUUUGCAAACCCUCCGUUCACACGGGAUCUUCGCCUGUCUAGCCUUUGUUUGUGUUGUAUCCAAUCCAGACUCAUCGUUGAGGCUCAUCGUGGGUUGUCAAAAUGAUAUGUGUAAACAGUGUGCUGUUCCAUUCUUUAGGAAACACCAAUGACUCCGGUAAGUACAUGAGGACUUUGUCUCGUGAGACACAGUCACCAGAGUGAAGCUCGUUGCCACCACUAAAGGUCUCUCUGUGGGUUUGCUCAUUGGGUUGCUGGAUCGCAAGUGCAUCGCUAAGGUGCAUUUGCUGGAAUGUAUAGCUCGCUUGUGACAAGCAGCGCAACAACACACAGAGUGCAGUGCCCAGCAGGCCAUGGCAGAGCACUAAAGAGGACUGGGCGACUUUGUUGCCAGGCUCCCCACAUCCAGGGCACUCCCACCUCUAACCAGGGCUUCCCCUUGCAGGCAGGCGGUUGGUCAGUGGCAUGUAGAUGAGACUUCCGGAAGAAGAGAGAGGGUAUGUUGAGCUUGGAAGCAAAGGCACCAUGUGAGCCAAGGAAGGAAAGAAGUCAGGCAGAAUCGCCAGCCCAAGCCCUGGCCAGGUCCUUGGCACGAGUCAUCUCAUUUUAGCCUGACAACCAAUGAGAUAGCAUGCCAUCAUCGCCACUUACAGACUAGGAGACAGAAGCGCAGAGGGAUUGGGCCAAAUCCCCCAGUUCAGACUCUGGAACUCGCCCUCAGAACCAGGCCGAAAGGUAGUCUUUUAACUGGGGAGAUCAGUAAAGCGAGUGUAAGAAAGAAUGAUUUACCUGUUUGGAGAUGUUUUGCCGCUGCUCUUGACCCACCCCAAAAAAGUUUCAAGUUUGAGUCUUACCACAGACAGUAUUUUCCACAAAGUAAGUGCAGGCGUUCUGCUGGUGUUUGCCAGAGACCAGGCUAUAGUUGUGCACACACUUAAGGCCUAUAUGACCCAGUGUGUACA